AUGGCCCCCCACUCUGUAAUUCCCCUGGCCCUCUCUUUCUUCGUUUCCCUCUCCAUCAACCCAACUUUACCAUCCUCCCUCAUCAACGAACUGAACCAACCCCCGCCGCCAGAUUUCCGGGCAAUAAUCGCCAACAACUGCCUGAAAGACCCCUCCCUCCGUUACUGCAACUCCGCAGCCACCGACAUCACCAACAUCUACAAAUCCAUUGUCGUCGCCCGACACCUCUGCACUGAAUCCAACAACUCUGACUGCAACGUCUCCUUCACCAAGAUCGACCUCCGGUUCCGUCCAAAGGUCGCACCUUUAUACCUCUCCUUCGCUUUCUUCUGGAAGUACUGCCCCUUGUCGGUGCUAUCGAUCGAUCUCUCGAACAAUUCACUCGAGGGCCCAUUCCCAUCCGAUGUUCUCCAUUGUACCCAGAUCCAUUCGCUCGAUAUAAGCCUCAAUAAGCUCGAUGGGACCGUCCCUUUGGAGAACUUCACCCUCCUAUCCAACCUCUCCUUCCUAAACCUGUCCUGCAAUCACUUCUCAGAAGGCAACAUAGAAGAAAUCGCAUUCUUCGAGCGCUUUAACUCGUCGAGCUUUCUUCACUCGGGUCUUUUCCCCAGCGACCACCACUAUGGGUUCAAGGUCACCACAACAAUCUUAUUGUUGAUUGGUGUUUUGGUCUCUGUUGUUUCGGUAGUAGGUUGUUUUGGAUGGGUGUUUGUGCGUCGACCGGACCUUCUGCCUUCAUUUCUUCGGAGAAGCCAUAAGUUUACAGUUGCAAUGCUCAAGAAGGUCACUGAUGGGUUUUCAGAGGAUAAUUUGGUGUCGAGAGGAGAAAGGGGGGAGAUUUACAAAGGGAGACUCAGGGAUGGGCUUGAGGUUGAGAUUAAAGUACAAAGAGGAAGGAUUUCAGCCGAAUCGCACAGAGUCUUCGAUGAAGAGUGCCGGGUUCUUGUGCAAUUAAGGCAUAAGAACUUGGUUAAGGUGUUGGGUUGGUGCGAUCAGAGGGAAUUAAGGGCUGUGGUGAUGGAAAGGAUGUGGGUCUGCAGUGUGGAAGGGUGGCUUUUGGGAUCGCCGCCAUGGAAACAGAGGCUGAAGGUGUCGAUGGGAGUGGUCGAGGCAAUGUGUUAUCUUCAAGAACAGUGGCCUUCCAUAGGAUAUGAUCUUAGGACCAGAAAUGUGAUGAUGACGGAAGACAGUGAGCCUUUGCUUUUGAAGUUGAAGUUUGGGGAUCAGAGCACUCAGUCAAGAAACAUUUACAAGUUUGGCUUGUUUCUUUUGGGGUUGGUAACCAACAAGCAUCCGCACGAAGCAUUUGAAGGAGGCGAAAUAGGAUUCCUCGACUGGGUGAGCAUGCAUUACCCUGGUCAUGAGAAGAAGGUAAUAGAUGAGAAGAUGAAACUCACCAGCACUACAUACAAGCAAAUAAAACAGACCAUAGACAUUGGACUAGCAUGCACUGAUCUAUCUGCAGGUCAUCCGCCAACCAUAAGCCAUAUUUAUAGCAGUCUUCAUAAAGUUGUGCAUCUUCUCUAGUUCAGACUGCUAAAAGCCAUAAAAGAUGUCACAAGUGAAGGAAAGAAGAGCAAGGAGACAAUGUAU